CGAGCACCAGCAGCAGCAGCAUCUGCGAUGUCGUCCGGGACUGAAUUGUGUCGCUGAGAAUGCAUCUUCGUCGACAUGUGAGGACUGUAGCCUCAGCCUCAUCGUCGUCGUGCGACCAUGUCCGCCGCCGAGUCGUACGCUUCCGAGAUCACGUAAUAGCCGUUACGCCGCGUCGUAAUAUGCUCCGCGGAGUGGCCGAGUGGUGAGCGUCAAUGGCGUCGUCGGUGGCGGGCUCGGCCAUCGACCAGGCGUCGGCGUGUGUCGUGGCGACUCACGGCCACGGCUUCCAAAAGAAGACCUUCCACAAACCCACGUACUGCCACCACUGCAGCGACAUGCUUUGGGGCCUCAUCCAACAGGGCUUCAUCUGUGAAGUUUGCAACUUUGUGGUGCAUGAUCGCUGCUACAAGACUGUAGUAUCUCCAUGUUCCAGCAUUGCAGCAAAUCUUAUUAGGAAUCCGGUAGCUCACUGUUGGUCAGAAGCAUUCCAUCAUAAACGAAAAUUUUGCAACGUAUGCCGGAAAAGAUUGGACGAUAGUGAUUCUCUUCACUGCGAAAUAUGCGAAUACUACGUACAUGUGGAAUGUCAAGAUUUUGCCGUGGCCGAUUGUAAGGAGAACGCCACCUACGUGCCAGGAAAGAAUCUGGAAAAUGUUCGCCACCAACACCAUUGGCGAGAAGGAAAUUUGCCAAGCAAUAGUAAAUGUGCAGUAUGUAAGAAAACUUGCUGGACCACGGAAUGCCUUUCGGGAUAUCGGUGCGAGUGGUGCGGCAUGACGUGCCAUGCAGUGUGCCAUGUUAAUAUUAACAAUGAGUGCACAUUCGGGCUUUUGGAACCUAUUUAUUUACCACCGCAUGCAGUCAGCAUUCCACGCACCGAGGUUCCCAUGGAAGCCAUUAUUGGAGUACAAAUUAGACGCAAAGACACCCUCUCUCCGCGAAGCACAUCGGAAGAAUUCAGUAGCGGUGAAGCUGGCAGAUAUAGAGAUCUUGAUGAUAACGCUCAACCUCACACACCGGGGAAGGAAAAACAAGAAAAACAAAAUAAGGACAAGGAAGAUAGAGACGAUGAGGUUGUUAAAGUGUACGAUGGCAAUAACUCGAUGCGCAGGCGAAUUUUUCGAACUAUCAUAGUUUCGAAACAAGCGUCGCUCAAGCAGAUCCUUACACAGGCCCUCCGGGCUUUUCACAUCACAAAGGAUCCAAAUUACUUCCAGCUAACCGAUCUCUAUUCGCCGGACGAAGCCAUACUGCAGGAUUCCAAUCCAGUCUUAAGCCUGCAUAGGAAAGAGGGCAAGCGACCAGCAGUUUUUCUUAGAUUCAGGGAUAGGGAUAAUGACAAAGGGGAAGUGCGAGUUUAUCCCGGUAAAUUACAGUCUUCCCAGGCAUACUGCACCGUGCCUGUGGACUCAAAUACAACGGUCGGGGAUCUUAUAAAAGAAGCAUUAACUAGAUUCGGUCUGGAGGAUUUUAGAUGCGAGGAUUACCGUUGCAGCGAAGUUCUGUUGGAUAGGGGAGUUACCGAACGAGUGUUAUCGUGGAACGAGAGGCCGUGGGAAAUUAUGAAACGAUUAGGUCGGGAGAGCAUUCGUCAGAUGGAGCUGAUGAGAUUUUACCUCCAAUUGAAGCAGGAUCCUCAUGGACCGAAUCUCGCGCUUUUCGUUGGGAACUUACCGCCGAAUUUGUCAGAGCGGAACUAUGAAAAUAUCUUAACCGAUCUUCUCGGAAAAGAAAACAAGUUUUCCAAAAUCGGACCAAUCUACUACGAAUAUGGUUCAAUGGUAAUCACUUAUGAAGAUGCGGAAAAAGCAGUGAGGGCGUUAUACAUCUUGAGAGAAUCCCGACCCGAAGAAAAACAAUCUUUGUUAGUUAUGCUUCUACCAAAUAUCGAACCGUCGAUGAUACCGGCGGGUGUUCAGCCGCUGUUGGUGUUCGUUAACGUGAAAUCGGGUGGUUGCCAAGGUCUGGAACUGAUCUCCAGUUUUAGGAAACUGCUGAAUCCGUAUCAAGUGUUUGAUUUGGACAACGGCGGACCCUUGCCGGGAUUGUACGUGUUUAGGAAUGUGCCAAAUUACAAAAUUUUAGUUUGCGGUGGCGACGGUACCAUUGGUUGGGUUUUGCAAUGUCUGGACAAUGUCGGUCAAGAUUCUCAGUGCUCGUCACCCGCUUGCGCUAUCGUACCUCUAGGAACAGGGAAUGAUCUGGCCCGCGUUCUAAGAUGGGGACCGGGUUACACCGGCGGUGAAGAUCCGUUAAAUCUUCUCAGGGACGUAAUCGAUGCGGAAGAGAUCCGAUUGGAUCGAUGGACUGUAGUUUUUCACCCCGAGGACAAACCCGACGAUAGCAUAAAACAGGUCAACUCCACUGGUAAGAAGAGGCAAAAACUGGCCAAAAUGAAAGUGACGAAUGAGCAAAUAAAAAAAGCAGUUGUAGCAGGUUCUACGAGCGAAGAUAACUCCCAGAUCUUCGUGAUGAACAACUAUUUCGGCAUCGGCAUCGACGCAGACCUGUGUUUGGAUUUUCAUAACGCGCGCGAAGAAAAUCCGGGUAAAUUCAUCAGUCGAUUGCACAACAAGAGCGUGUACGUGAAAAUGGGACUGCGCAAAAUCGUCGGUCAGGGAAAAGUGUGUAAAGAUCUGCACAAAGAAGUGAGGUUAGAAGUGGACGGCAAACCUGUGGAGUUACCUCAAGUCGAAGGGAUAAUUAUAUUAAAUAUUUUAAGUUGGGGAUCGGGAGCUAAUCCAUGGGGACCGGAAAAAGAUGACCAGUUUUCCAAACCGAACCAUUGGGAUGGAAUGUUGGAAGUGGUGGGGGUUACUGGGGUUGUUCAUUUGGGUCAAAUUCAGUCGGGUUUAAGAACAGCGAUGAGAAUUGCACAGGGUGGGCACAUAAAAAUUCAUUUGAGUUCGGAUAUUCCAGUUCAGGUUGAUGGAGAACCGUGGGUGCAAAGUCCGUGUGAUGUGGUAGUGCUGAAAUCCGCGUUAAAGGCAACCAUGUUGAAAAAAAUGAAGGGCAAAAUGAAAAGAAGAAACACCGAACCCACGAUGCUAGUUUCACCAGGUUCACAACUGGCGCCUCUGCCCUCAAACGACGGCGAGUCGCCCACUGAUCCAAAUAAUACAACUUUUUGAUUUCUUCGUUUUCACCGCCAUCACGUUUUUUUUUCGAACCAAAAGACUGUUACCUAUUUUCGUUUCUAGCGUUUAAUAAUCAUAAUAAUAAUAAUAUUUAUUUCUCAUCUGAGAUAUUGUUAUUGUAUGUCACCGUUUUGUCACUUACUUUUUGCGGUUUUGCAUUGAGUUUAUACGAGAAGAAUGCUGUAAGGUUUGCCAAUUUACGAAACGUUGUUAGAGUAAGUGACAUUUUGCGUUCUCAUUGACUUGUAAAUUUUAUUGACAUAGAAAUCUGUAAUGAUUAUGUUAGAGUAUGGUAUUUUUUACCAACAACAAAAACAAUCGCCGUAUAGAUUUCCUUUCCCUCCUAUUUUGGUUUCUCGAUCCUUCACGAUCCUGUGCGUUUGUAUUUUUUAUAAUAAGAUAUCAGCACGUUCGCGAUCAAUAUAAUCACGGGUUCAUUCGUAGCCAACAAUCAUAUUACAUAAUACUCUUCUAACAAAUCGACCGUUGAAAGAAAUCGUCGAGCACAACUUCGAAAGGGACUACACGAGUAGCUGUCAGUGAUAAAAAGUGAGCAGAAAUUUGCAAUCUGUCGCGUGUGAAGAGUACCAUUUGUAAUUGAUUUUUUUUUAUUUAGUGACUAGGCGAUGACCAAUAUUUUAUCGAUAAAAGCAUGUAAAGGAUAUUUCGUGCUGUUAAUUUGAGGAGAGCAAUAUGUGGGUUUUGAUUUUAUCGAUAGACGUAGGUUUUUUUUGAACGUACGCGAUUCAGUCUGCUCUCCUCGAAUUUUGUUUUAAAUUUCGUUUAAAAUUGACCGCGACGUCCUUCUCCCGAGGUAUUCGUUUAAGGAUCCGCGGGGGAAGGUUCCGUUCCAAGUCGAAGAUCAAUAAAUUUGAAAUUUAGGCUAUAACCACAUAGACCUGAAACUUGGGACUUCGGACGUAUAUUGCUCGGCCACCUCCCGCGUUGGCAGCUAGAGGUCGUUUUCCACCAUCUUUAGCUGUUAAUUAAAGAGCUAACCGACGUACGCCUGAUGUCAUGAGGCUAUACGUGUUAAUCUCGUUCGCCAGAAAAUGACAUUAACAUCACGUAAAACCUGCCGCGUUGCGUGGGGCUCAAUUCUAUACACGCGCUGUCUGGAGCAAACGUGUGUGGAGAGCAAUGUCGACAGGUUUGCGAGACGCCAUAUCUUAGCUAUACAUUUAAUGUGAAGCUAUAUUUGUUUUAAUGUAAAGUAUAUAUACAUAUUUCAGAGACGCGUAUUAUUAAAAUGUAGAUCAUUUCCGUCAGAUUCGCACUGGCUGUCGUAGCAUCGUUCUUUUUGGGCAAAAAAAUCGGAGGUUUUGUUGAACGAGGAGAACCGUUAUACAAUUUCAUUUUUCUUAGGGUAGUUCCGCCAGUGCCGGUCGUGACACUUCAUGUAAAGUAUAAUAAAUGUUACAAUAGUAAGUUAAAACAUAGCUAAAAAUAUAAAAAUCGUAAAUUA